AUGGGCAGGAAAUUCGGUCUUUUGGUAUCGUGCACGAGAUUCCCUGGAAGGAGGAGGAGCGCAGCAGCAUGGAGCAUGAAGCGAAACUCACGAGAGCUCUCUAUGAAGCCCUCUACCAGGAGUGUCACAGUGGACGAAGAGAGUCUUGCGGAGAUCAGAAGGGAGCGGUACUUUGGCUUCGACACGCAGCAAUACCCGUUCCAGGAUGCUGUUCGGUCAGUCCUCGGCAUCGACGAGUCAGUUCCCUUCGGAGAUCUGCAUCAAGUGACGGAGUGGUAUGUUGACAACAACAACUUCAGGAUGAGUAAGUUCCAGAAGAUGUGGAACGCUGACAGAGACAGGAGCGGCCGGUACCUGAGCGUGAGCGAGGGAGACUGUAAGAGUUACGGUGUCUUCGACGAGAUCUAUCACAGGUUCAUACGAGAGGUCGUCUCCAAGGUCAUGGGAGGAGGGGCUCUCCAGUUUCAGCGUGCUCCCACUUUGCGGGUGAUGGUUCCAGCUGAGUGCGGCCUCGACCCCAGGAAGAGCACGACCAAGAUGCAUACGGAUAUGGAGUACCACCACCAGCCCAGCGAGAUCAAUUUCUGGCUCCCCCUUUCCCCCGUCUGGGAUACCAACUCCUUGUGGAUCGAGUCUGAGCCGGGGAAGGGAGACUUUCAUCCUAUCGAGCUCGAGUAUGGAUCCUUCUGCCGCUUCUACGGGAAUCAGUGCAGACACUUCACGAAGCCCAACUUGACGCAGAAGACUCGGGUCUCUCUUGACUUCCGAGUGGUUUCGGAGACAAGCGGAGGGCACGAUCCGUCCUUCAGGAAGUGA